GCUGUUGGCUGCUCACUGAGUGACUGAGGUAGAGCGCCACCUUCGUGCCACCCCGCCCACCGACCACAUCCCACCAUCCGCACCCGAUCGACCCCCGAUCGAAUCGAGGCCAUUAGGGUCCGGGACCGUCGGCUACAGCAGAAUCACUCAAGAGUUCUUCAGACAUGAUGGACCAAUUUCUGCUUCUGUUAACCUGCAUGCUUGUAUCUAACUACCUACAUCCAUGGAGAGGGGCCGAUGCGCAAUCGAGGUUCACUAUAAGAGACAUCAGCAUUUCUCUUGAGCCCGGGUCCGAUGUGAUGCGGGGCACCAACGUGACUGUGCGGUGUCAGGCAUUGGUCAGCAGCUCGGGCACGGGGCCGCUAAGUCGCGAGUACACGAUCUACAAGGACGGCAUCACAAUGUACACAAAGACCACCAGCAGCUCAGACGACCUCCUGUACCUCCUCCCUGACGCCAGAGUGUCCAACACGGGCAAAUACAAAUGUAAGAUCAGCAUUGAAGGCAAGAAGGUGAACAGCGAGGCCAAAAAACUCACAGUCACAGGUCUAUCUGCACCCCUUCUUCAUUUGAACAACGCUGUUAUCAGUGAGGGGGAGGAACUAACAGCCAGGUGUACCGCGCCUGGAGAGACAGGUUCUAUCAUUUUCUACUUCUAUGACGACGCCAAGGAGAUCCUGGAGGACAGGGUCAACUCCAACCUGUCCGAAGUCAAGCUUCACUUCAGCAGCAUCGGCAUCCACAAGAUGUACUGUUACUACACUGUCCUGGUGACCCCGCUCGUCGUCGAGUCUGACAAAAGCAACACUGUCGCCGUUUCGGUCAAAGAGCUUUCCAUCAUGCCAGUUUUGGACAUUUUUCCUUCCAACAAUAUCUACGAAGGAGACAGACUUGACAUUAUGUGCACCAUCAGAGACCUCGUGCCCGACGUGCACGGAAAUGUUCACCUCUACCUGAGCCAUGGGACCCAGCUUCUCAGCAGGGGGAACGCCAAUGUCAACCACAGCAUGAUCGCAUUGGCUAAGGACUCUGAGGAGUUUGAGUGCAGACUGGAGAUGGAAAAUGUCGUGAAAGUCGACACAAAAAGGAUUUUGGUGACUGACCUCUUUUCAGUGCCCACUCUUACCAUGUCUCCAAGCCAAGUCUUUCAAAGGGAAUACAUGACUCUGAACUGCAAAAGUGACAGCUUCGCUUCAGAGAGGCUCCGCAGGGAAGAAUUGACUUACACUUUGGAUCCGCCAGAGAGCCUCUUGAUCCCAAAGAGCACUGGAGUGUUUUUUGGAAAAGCGCUGCUCUACGAUUUCAACUACACCUGCAUCGCUCAAGCCAAGGGCAUCAGGAAAUACAGUAAACUUUUGACGGUCCAUCCUAAAGUAACCGUGUCAACACCAAGGAUCUCGUUGGUUGGCAGGGCGGUGCUGGGGCGUCCCUUUAAGGUCCUGUGUCAGUCAGACAUAGGCAGCCUGCCCAUAAACUACACUUUGCUGAAGGAGUACGAGCAGCUGAGCACGGCCAGUGUCAAAAUGCCUUUUGAACAGGCUCUGUUCACCAUAACAAUCAACCAGCCUGGAGAAAUAAGCAAGUUCAUGUGUGAGGCCAAGAACAGUCAGAAAGAAGCGCCGCUCAGCAAAAGACUGGAUGCUACUGUUGUUGUGCCGCUGUCUCAUCCGACGCUCACGGUUAUCCCCGUCUUGCCGGAAAUUGCAGAGGGGGAUCAUCUUUUCCUGAUCUGUGGGGUGAAAGGCACCCCACCCAUCACAUUUAAGUGGUAUCGCGAUGGCACCAACAACCCAGUCUUCACCACCACCUCAGACAAGAACAAUACAGACUACCAGAUUCAAGGUCUGGCCAAACAUGACAGUGGCACCUACUACUGUGAGGCCAUCAAUCACGCCAACAAUGUGGUCCGCAGCGCACCGGUCAUGAUAGAGGUGCGCCUGGCCCUAUGGAAAAAAGCGGUGAUCGUGGGCUUCUGUCUGCUGGUGGUGUCGGUGCUGGUGGUGGUGUUUGUGCUGUGCUUCAGGUGCAAGAGAGGUAAAAGGGAAGCAGCUGCUGAAUUGUCAGUAAAGCCUUCGAGCCCUAAAUCAGAUGACUCUUUAACAGUGAGUCUAACCCGCGACACAGAGGUUAAUAAUGCAGCCCCAGACGGAGUGCCACACUAUGAUGGCAUGGAGGGGAGGGUGACCAAUGGGACACGAGCUAGCGCGGUGUCGCUUCCCACUGACAUCAGCAACAGGAGCAGCUUCAGUAUCCCAGCCACAGUGUAGAGACGCCCUGCUUUGCAAGGGGCGGGGAGACACUUGUAAAACAGAACAAAAACAUUCAAAGAAACACCAACAAAAGGAACCUUUCGUCCCACAUGUCGAGGGAUGUGUUACAAGAGCAAUGACUCGUCUCCUGCUGCUCCCUCUCCCCUCCCCCUGCAAUCUAGAUGGCCUUUGUUUUUCUCGAUUUUUUUAUAUUUUAUUUUUAUUUAACAUCACUGUCUUUGUCCUGUGCUUCUUUGUAUGCUCGUCCGCAGGUGCAUGUUUUUGCAAUGUUGGGACAUGUUUGAGCAUCAUUGUUGACUGUUUGAUUUUCAGAUCCCUUUUAUCACUAUCGUAGGAAAUGUGUGUAUAUAUUUUGGUUGAUUCCUUGGCUUGCUCAAAUCCUUUUAGAAUAAAUAAAUUGGUUCUAUUUAGAUGCGUGUCAUCCCCAUUCAUUUGCUGCAACUACUGCAUAUAACACUAAAUUGAUUUACAAAAAUGCUUCGAAAGAAAGAUUAUCUUAUCAUCAUGCAUUAUGUCCUACAUAAGGCCAAAGCAAGACUAUGGGCAAAUCUAACACUAACUUGAUUCCUUUCCCAAAAAGGAAUGCACUACAGUGACUUCCUUUACAAAGUGAAACAAUGGAGUCUGCGCGAAACUUCCUA